AUGGACAGACCUGGAGCCGACGUGUGGGCCACAACCUUCCGACAACUGAUGACCGAGACCAAGCCCCAGGACACCUGGGUGCUGCUCCCCGAGGGUAACCUGGUGGCCGGCCGCCUGGACCACGGCUGCUCUCAGUACAGGCUGAAGGGACUCGCGAGGUUCCAGUGUGGCCGAUGCCUGUGGGGCUGGGCCUCAGCCCACGUGCAGAUCCUUUUCCACCUGUGCUGGGAUGAGGACAGUCGCCAGGGGCUGGUGAAGAUGCGCAUGUGGGGCCAGAAGUGCAGGCUGUGUCCCCGGGGUGCCUCCAGUGAGUGCCAGGUGAGCUCCCUGAGUGUGCACCCCUUCCUCAAUAAACUGGCUCUGCACGUCCUGCGCAAAUGCUACGGUGAGAGCCCUGGACCUGACCAGUGUCCGAGGCUCCACUACAAGGCCCCUGGCAAUGUCCCGAGGCCCUGCGAGGCCUGUGACCUGGGCACCUGCUUCCUCCAGAAGGGGCUGGGCCCUGCCCCAGCCCCAAGAGCCAUCCGGGGCAGCUACACCAUGUACAGUGGCGUGGGCCUCACCAUCACUGCCUCCAGUGUCCUUGGUAGCACACGGCUGCUGGCCCUCGGGAGCAAGCCUGUGGUCAGACGACCCCGGGGCAGCAAGCCUUAUGCCGUGCACAAGGGCUGCUUUGCCAUACCACUCUCCGUGUCUGACUUCAUCAAGAAUCCACUCACGGAUAGCAGCCACUUCUUCAGCAAGGGCGAAGGCAUCAUCACCAUCCCCUUCUCCCUUGAGAAUAAGGACAAGGGUCCUGUGGUCAAUGGUAGCAGCCACGGCCCCACCAAGGAGGGCUCCCUUCCAGCUGCUGAUACCAUUGGCAAGGGCUCCCUCUGUCUCUCUGCAAAUUCCAUGGCCAUACCGGAAGGCAAGGGCAUCCCGGUGAAUAUCAAAGACCCUAUCUUCCAUGGAAAGGGUCUCCUGAUCAGCAACAUUGAGCUCAAGGGCUUCAUCUUCAAAGGCAAAGGCUCCAUAUCUGACCCCAUCGUCUAUGACGGCAACGACACCACCAUGGCUGGAAAGGGUCCAGUGCUGGUGUCUUACAUCAUUGGCCUCAUGGCCAACGGCGAAGGCUCCAUCACCUUCCCCUUGUCCUUCACCAAUAUCAUCAAAGGCAAGGAUUCCUUCACCAACAUCACCGAAGGCAAAAGCAGCCAGGAAGCUUGCAAUAACGGUCCUGUCACCAGCGGUCAUGAUGGCCUUCUGGAGACCAUCAGUGAUGAUGGUGCCAUCACCUUCCCUUUCAUCUUCACUGAUGGUAUCAAAGGCAAGGACUCUCGUAUUAACCUCACCAAAGGCCAAGGGAAGGAAGAUGGCAGCAAUGGCCUUGCUACCACUGAUGAUGACCCCCUUCCAGAGACCAAGACUGGGAGUCCCAUCGCCAGCAACAAGGGUGCCUUCACUUCCGCUACUGGUGACACAAAAGGCAAAGAGUCUACUGACAUCACCAAAAACAAAGGUGAGGACACUGGUGGCAAUGGUUCUCUCAGCACUGGGCCAGAGUCCAGUAGCAAUGGCCCCAUCGCCAAGGAGAAGGCUGCCGUCACCUCCUCUACUGACAAUGCCCCAGACAAGGACUCUUUCACCGUCACCACUGAAGGCAAAGAGAGGGUAGAUGGAGGCAAUGUCGCGGCAGCCGCAGGUCACCACCCCCUUCUGAAGGCUAGUGCUGCUGCUUCCAUCACUUUCAGUGAGGGUUCCAUCACCAUCCCCUUCUCAGUCUUCAAUAUCAUCAAACGUAAAGGCCCCCAGAGUACUGGCUUCCUCACCCAUGGCUACUCCAAGAAGAAGAAGCCACUGAGGUCUCGGUUCAGCAAAUCCAGCUGUGGGUCCCGGAGGGAUGAAGACUUCUGCUCUGCCAACCCCUGUCACGGGUCUCACGCUGAGCCUUAUGAAGACGUCUGGAUCUGGGUUUCCAUGACCGUCUGCGUCCUCUGGCUGAUAUGCAUGUACAAGCUGAGUCCCAGCAUCUUCCAGUAG